AUGGAUAGAAGCUAUUCAUACGACCCGGUGUCUACCGGCGCAGUCAACAACCAGGCGCACAGGAUGGAGGCAGGGCAGCUGUGGCGGCAAUACAUCAUCGCGGGCAUCGCGAAUAUCGCGAUAGCUUCCACCGGUUAUUCUAUGGGAUGGACCUCUCCAAUCAAUGGAAAGUUAUCAGAUAACACAACAGAUAUUCUUGACGAACCCGCAACACCAGAUGAACUAGCAUGGAUGGGGUCGGUGCUUAAUAUUGGAGCUAUAUUAGGUCCAUUUAUCGGAGGUUUCUUGGCUGGUAGAAUUGGUAGGAAAUGGGGUCUUUUGAGUUCAGCGGUACCUUUACUUCUUGGAUGGAUACUCGUAGCAGCUGUACAGAAUAUGGCCUUUUUGUACGCAGCCAGAAUCUUUUGGGGCGUCGGAGUGGGAAUGCUUUUUACCAUAUCGCCGAUGUAUUGCGCUGAAAUUGCUACGAACGAGUCUCGAGGUGCCCUGGGUUCGUUCCUCCAGAUGUUCAUAACCUUAGGUUACAUCCUGAUCUACGGUAUUGGACCUUUCACAUCGUACAUGAACGUAGCCUACGUUGGCAUAGCCUUCGUAGCAGUCUUCGCUGUAGGAUUCUUCUUCAUGCCGGAGACACCAACAUACCACCUUCUUAAAGGCGAUCGUGAGGCGGCUGCGUCUUGUCUUUGCACAAUCCGUGGUCGUUCGAGGGAUGGUGUUGAAGAUGAACUGAAUCUCAUUGAGAGUGACGUUAAAGCUUCUAUGGAAAAAACAGCAACGGUAAUGGACGUAUUUCAAGGCAGUAACUUCAAGGCUUUCUAUAUAUCUUGUGCUUUAGUGUUCUUCCAGCAGUUCAGUGGUAUAAACGCUGUCCUGUUCUAUAUGACUGAUAUCUUCGCUUCAUCUGGUAGUGAUCUUAAACCAGCCAUCGCAACCAUCAUAAUCGGAGCCGUUCAGGUUGUAGCUUCAUGUAUAACUCCCGUGGUUGUAGACCGUCUUGGCCGCCGUCUUCUAUUGAUGGUCUCCGCUUGUGGUACAGCAAUUGGAGCCGUAUUGCUGGGUAUGUUUUUCCUACUGCAGCACAAUGGUAGCGAUAUUGUAGUAUCUAUCAGUUUUCUUCCUAUCCUGUCGUUGGUGCUGUUCAUUGUGACGUAUUGUUGGGGUCUUGGCCCUCUACCCUGGGCGGUGAUGAGCGAACUAUUCCCGAUAGAAGUUAAGGCAGUAGCUUCACCAAUAGCUACGGCGUUUUGCUGGACGCUAUCCUUCCUGGUUACCAAAUUCUUCCCGUCUUUGGACCGUCACGUUGGCUUCCUCAUGUUUGGAGGUUGUUGUGUCGCAGCGUUUGCGUUCUCACUGCUAGUUGUUCCAGAGACCAAAGGAAAAAGCUUCUCCGAGAUACAAGACAUGCUGGCUGGGAAAAAGAGACAAGAAAAGGCCUAA